AUGAAGACUAACAAGGAAACAAUAAAGAAAAAUCUGGUCAGGGAGUUGGCCAUAAAGAUGAAAAACAAACAGUCCAAAACUGAUAAAGGUUCUCCAUCUGCAGAACCAUCCCUUCCACCUGAAAGUAGGCGAUCAUCACCAAGGAACAAGAAGUUUGCGAUAAAGAUGAAAAACAAACAGUCCAAAACUGAUAAAGGUUCUCCAUCUGCAGAACCAUCCCUUCCAACUGAAAGUGCUUCACUCACUUCAAAGCUGCAACCCCCAACUCAAACCAAGUCCCCGACUCCAUCUCUUUCACCUGGAAGUAGGCGAUCAUCACAAAGGAACAAGAAGUUAGAACCAAGUGCUGCUGUUUCUUCUCUAACUAAAUGUGCAACAACUCCAAAGCGUCGUCUACAACCUGAAAGUGCUGAAAUGUCAUCACCAACUACAAAGAGACAGGCUACUAGGAAGAAGAAUGUGCAAUCUGAAAGUGCUCAACAUUCACAGACCACAACUACAAAGUCCCAAUCAAAAAGCUCUGAAGGAGAUACUGAAAAAUCUGGAGUGGGGCGAAAGAAUGUAAAGCGAAAACUUGACACAAGCAGCACAGGCCCAUGUCUGAAUGUUCAACUUAGGGAUCCACACGACACUCUCGCAGAUUUUCAAGAUGAAGAAGAAGAGGAAGAGGAGGAGGAAGCUGUGGAAGAGGAUAACUCUGAUCAUGUGGAUCCUGAUGUGGAAGAAGAGAACGAUAAUGAUUCUGCUGAUCCGAAAAGAACAUUUUCCUUCAACUCUAAUGAACAACCGAUUGGUGAUCCAUAUGUGCAACUUGCCAGUGUGCUAGGGGUGCUUGUUCGGAAACUUCCAUUAACGUACAAGGAUUGGAGACUUGUCCCUUAUGAAGCCAAAGAAAACAUAUGGAAGAUAGUCUCGAACCGAUUCAUUGUGCCUGAGUAUUACAAAGACUAUUAUUUCAGCAAGAUGGGAACUUAUCUUAGAGAAGCAAGGUCAAGGAAAGCUGGUUUGGUACUCGACGCUUUGGAUCGGCUACAAGGGGAAGAACAAAAGAAACGUCUGGAGAAGUUAAUGCCCAGGACCAUGACAGUUAGGGAGUGGGAAGAGUUUGUGAAACAUGUAGACUCUAUUGAAUUCAGAUCUGUCAAAUGA